AUGAUUUCGCAUGACGUCGGCAGUGCUGCUGCACAUAUCGCGAACCCAUGUGGGCACACCAUCUGUGGAGAAUGCGGCUUCGACUGGAUCGCCCGGAACAAACGGGCCCCAACGUGCGCAAUCUGCCGCACGAAGCUCAUUCGCGCUGCACCUCUGAUCCCCAAUAUCGCGAUGGACAACACGAUAGCGAAGCACGUCGGCGCGCUCGCUGCGAGCGGCUGCGUUGACUGGCAGCCCACCGGGGCGAAGCACAAAGAAUGGGCGCAACGCCGAGAGUGCGUGCUCGAUCGUCUGUCGGUGUGGGGGAGCUAA